CAUUUAAUACAGAGCUUGGCUGAGUGACCAGUUAUUGCUCGGAGACGCUCUGCUUGCAAGAUGUUGCAAUUCUUGAUUUUAUGCCUAGCGGCGAUACAGACAACUUCUAGUGAGGGCUGCAAAGGAAUAUUAUACGAUGGAAGAAAUUAUAAAGAAGAAUUAAUGAAGGCAGAUAUCUACAAACCUUCAUCUCUGGCAAUAGAUUACAAAACUAACACCCUCUAUUUCACACACAUAGAACAAACAGGAGAUGCAUUUUACAAAACAUCUAAGAUUAACCUAAAGGAUGGAAAAUUCACUAAUUUAGAAGUCAAUAAUGGUUUCUCUUUAGAUGUUGAUCAAAAUAAUCAUGUUGUCUAUAUCGGUGGUCAUAAAGGGAUAUAUAAAUAUAAUGAAAAGAGUAAUAAAGCACAUUUAAUUGUGCCAGGAAUCAACGCUUGGAAUGUGUUUUAUAAAAAUGUUUUGUAUUACACUGAAUUUAUAAGUCAAACAAUUUUCACUUAUUCUAAUGGUAAAUCUAAACCUUUCGAAGAACUUGAAGGUAUUAAAGUUUAUUUUUUUGUUAUAGAUCAUGAGGGUUAUAUAGUUUAUAGUAAUAGUUCUGGUGUCUUUGGCAAGAAGAAAGGUGAAAAAGAGGUUCUAUAUAAAGAAGUAAAAAGUGUUGAUGAAAUUCGUGAGAUAACUUUAGAUAGGAAUGGUAGGGUGUUUGUUUUAGCUGCUGAUGGUAUAUACAGUACAGUGAAUAAAGUUACUAAAUCAAUUGAUAAAGUUGCUGAAAUCCAAGAUGUGUAUGGAAUAGCCUUUGAUAAUAAUAAUCAUUUGAUUUACUCAAAAGAGAAUUCGUUGUUACGUUUAGUUCCCAACAAAGAUUGUUAAUUAUUAAAACAAGAUCGAUUUUAACGUUGUAAUUUAAAGACAUAAACAUGUUUUG